AUGCCACAACUAGAUACAUCCACAUGACUUAUUACUAUUCUACCAAUAGUCUUCACCCUAUUCAUUAUCAUACAAUUAAAAAUUUCAAACCACAUCUUUCACUCCAGCCCAGAGCCCACAGAAGUUAAAUCACUAAAACACUCUACCCCCUGAGAAGCUAAAUGAACGAAAAUCUGUUCUCCUCUUUCAUUACCCCUACUAUAA